CUGAUGGCGUACUCAGUUCCGGCGCCCUCCCUAUGAGGGCGGGGAAGCAAGGUACUGGGGGAAACUUAGCUCUUAGUGUAGCAGGGUCAUGAAGAAGAGGCGGCGGCGGGAGGAAGGAGGAGGCGGCGGGGGUGAGAAACUGCGGUAGCUGUCCGCUGGCCUGUUGGCGUGGCUGUGUGGAAAGGGCGUAGUUCUUAAUCCCUUCUCCGGGCAGCGGCCGGGGCUCGGGGCUGAGAGCGGCCCUGGGGCCGCCUCCCCGGGCCCCCUGGCUCCGCCAUGUUCCGCAGGGCACGCCUUAGCGUGAAGCCGAAUGUCAGGCCUGGUGUAGGCGCCAGGGGUUCAACCGCUCCCAACCCCCAACGUGGACAAGAGGCUCCGAGGCCCCAGGAUCCUGCAGCGGCCUCUUCCCCGAAGCCAGCGGAGUCUACAGAUGUGCCCUUGGUGGACUGCGGGGGAUCCGAGCCCCAAGAAAAGGCUCCCAGGAGCAGUGAUGAAAAGACUGACAGUGAGAAUUAUGUUGAAGAAUCCAGUAAAUCUUCCUCUACUGUUUCACAGAGAAGAAAGAGAAUAUCAAGUACUCCUACUCUGGUUAAGCCUGGUGUCAAUGUUCCUUCAGAAUCUCAUCCCUUAUCUACAGUUAAUCAAGAAGUUCCACAGCCAAACCCUGUUUCAACAAAAGAGGAACAACCAUGUUCAGACAGAUACCGAUUAUAUAAAGCCCAGAAACUAAGAGAAAUGUUAAAAGAAGAAUUAAGAAAAGAGAAGAAGCAAUGGAAAAACAAAUAUGCCAUAAAUGAAAGUCAGAAGCCACCAGAUCGUUCAAAAAUGACUAUGAGAGAUUUCAUAUAUUACCUGCCAGAUAACAAUCCAAUGAGUUCUUCACUGGAGCAAGAAAAGAAAACUGAAAAAUCAUUGACACCAGUCCAGACAAGAGAGCAAGAAGGUAAGAGUACUCCUGAUCCGGCAGAUAAUGAAGAACUAGAAGAAGAGGUAGAUGACGGGCCAUUGCUGGUUCCUCGAGUAAAAGUGGCAGAAGAUGGUUCCAUUAUUUUGGAUGAAGAAAGUUUAACUGUAGAAGUUUUAAGGACAAAAGGCCCCUGUGUGGUUGAGGAAAAUGACCCCAUAUUUGAGCGUGGUUCUACAACUACAUAUUCCAGCUUUAGGAAAAACUAUUACUCUAAACCAUGGUCAAAUAAAGAAACAGAUAUGUUUUUUUUAGCCAUCAGCAUGGUAGGAACUGACUUUUCUAUGAUCGGACAGCUUUUUCCUCACAGAGCAAGGAUAGAAAUUAAGAAUAAAUUUAAACGUGAAGAGAAAACAAAUGGAUGGAGAAUAGACAAAGCCUUUCAGGAAAAGCGCCCUUUUGACUUCGAUUUUUUUGCUCAUUUGCUUCAGAAAGUUCUUGCUGAAGAAGAGAAAAGAAAACAAAAAUCUGUUAAAAAUCAGAGUUUAAAGGAGAAGAAAUCUUCUAAACCACGGAAAAAUGUAAAAGUGAAAAAAGUUGUCAGUGAAGGAGGAAAUGAUGAUCCAGAUGUGUCUCCGAGCACCAAAAUUUCAGACACAGAAUCACCUCAAAAGGAUGCUCAGAUAGUUGAAGAAGAACAACAGUCUCAGACUUUAACAGGACAGGAUUCAGAACAGAUUGCAUUAGAACCAAACCUAAAUCAAAAGAAAAGAAGAAGAAAGAAUCAGGAUGAAGUUGGUAAACAGGAAGUAAAAAAUCUUUCAGGAAAUGCCACUGUUCAGUUAGGUCAUUCUAAAGGAGAAAAAUACAAAAAUAAAGAUCAGUCUUUAAGGACUGAGAUAAAUGAAGAUGAAGUCAAUAAGGAACAGAAGCUUUCUUGCCUACAAAACAUGGAUGACAUUGUGGAUUUAUCCUCCAGUGAAAAAGCUGAGAAAAGAGCUGACCCUAUCCUUUUAUCAAGUGAUCAACAAGGUGCUGCAACCUCACUAGCAACUGAAGCUUCAGAAUCAAGCCCUUCAGAUUUGCCUUUAUCAGAAGCUGGCAUUACCUCACUGUGUGAAGUGAAUAAUGUUGAAAGUAGUUGUACAGAAGAAGGCAGUGUUGACCUAAAAAAUAAAUCAUUGGAAACUGAUCAGUCAAGAAAUGUUAAACUGAUGGGAAGAAGACAACUACAGAGACCUAAACCCAAUUUAUCAAGGGCAGUUGGGAAGAAACCUGUUCUUUCACAAGGUAAAACAGAUGCGGAGAGCAAGAGUUUACAUGCAGAAACUUCAGUUGAAAAGAAUCAUAUGGAAAAGGAUAAAGUGAAUACAUUGGACGUUUCUGGAAUGGGGAAUACAGAGAGAGAGAACCCAGAAGCUGAGACUGUAUCUACUUCUAGUGAAAAAACUGGUCUGCAGGAAGAUGAUCAAGCGAAGGCUGUCAGACCAGCACGACUAAUGAGGGGUCGAUUGCAAAGGCCAAAGCCAAAUGUAGGAAAAGCUGCUGAAAGAAAAGAAAUUCUUGCAUCACAGGAAAAAAUUGAGGCUAAUGUAAAAAAGAAUGAAAGUCAAUCCUGUAUUACUAGAGAUAGUCCUGAACAAGUAGAAGAUCAGUCAUGUAAAAAUUUUGACUUUGAAGACAUCACAUUACAAUCUGAGAAAGAAGAUAAUUUUUUUCAAAUGAACGUUAAUGAAUGUGUAAGUAUUCAAGAGGAUAAUAAAGUCCCAGUUCUAAAGACUCGAUUUCAGAAACCAAAGCCAAAUAUAGGAAGAGGAGCUAGAAGAAGAGAAAUUUUCUCAAAGGAAGCGGUGUCAGAGGAGAUUGUUACAUCUGGGCAAUUCACAGCGCCUUUGGGAGAAAUUACGAGAGUGGAAGAAACCUUACCAAGGGAGAGUAUAUUAGUGGAGGCUAAUACUACUAAGGAAAUGGAGUCAUAUUUAAAAAAAACUGAAAGAAACAACUCUCCCAGAGAGAAGAUACCAGAAAUGAGGGACAGCACUGUGGAUAUGGAGACAGAUUUGAAAGAAACUGGAAGAGAGGUUUCUCCAAAGGACACUAUAUCAGAGGUGUCUGAUGUCAUUGAGGAAAGUGUGACAGAUUUGGAAGAAACUGGAAGAGAGGUUUCCCCAAGGGACACUAUAUCAGAGGUGUCUGAUGUCACUGAGGAAAGAGUGACAGAUUUGGAAGAAACUGGAAGAGAGGUUUCCCCAAGGGACACUAUAUCAGAGGUGUCUGAUGUCACUGAGGAAAGAGUGACAGAUUUGGAAGAAACUGGAAGAAGAGAAAUAUCCCUACAGGAAAAUGCCCUGGAGGUCAGCACUACAGAUGAAGUAGAAACAGGUUUAGAAGAAACUGGAAGUGAGGUUUCUGUAAGGGAAAAUGUACCAGAGAUGGUUGAUGCUACUGAGGACAGAGAAACACAUUUGGAAAAAACUGAAAGAAGAGAAAUAGGCACAGAAGGAAAGGCCCCACAGGUCGAGACUCAAGGUGAAAUGGAGACAGAUUGGAAAGAAAUUGAAAAAGGAACUUCCCUGAGAGAAAAGGUACUAGUGGGUAUCAGUGCCAUGGGGGAAAGGGAGAUUGAUUUGAAAGAAACUGGAGAAAGAGACCUUUCCCUGAUGGAAGAGGUAUCAGGAAAGAUGACUGCUACUGAAGAAACAGAGGUGGAAUCAAAAGAAACUGGAGGAGACAUUUCCCUGAAGAAAAGCAGAUCAGAAGAGAUUAAUGCCCCUGAAGAAAUGGCUGCAGAUGUGGAAAAAACUGGAAAAAUAGAUAUUUCUCUAAGGAAAAAUGGAGCAGAGACUAGGACCUCAAGACAAACGGACACAGAUUUAAUGCAGAGCAGUAGUAGUUGCUGCAGCACUAUGCCUUCACUAAAUACCAAAAACGUUAGCAGUGAAGUACUAUCCAUGGUGCAUACACCUGAAGAAGAAAAAAGAAAUUCUGAAAAGGAACUGUCAGGUCACUUGAGUUGUUUGAAGACUUCUUUGCAGACUUCUGAACCUGAUAAAACAGAAGACCGGGGGAUGCUAUCUCCAGAUGUUCCAGAGCAGUUUUCAGAUACUAAUUUAAGCAAAUCUCUUCCUCAAGAGCAGAAGCCACUUGAAGUUAAACCAGCACCUUUUGUGAGAAGUCGAUUCAAAAGACCAAAACCAAACUUAGCAAGAGCAACUUUAAAGAGAGAGACUACAGAAGCAGAAAAAUAUGUAUCUGGGAAGAAAUUGGAAACUGAUAAUACUGAGACCGUUGUGGUACAGCAGGGCAGUGACCAGAUGAACAGUCUCCCUUCUCAACAUGGUGUGGCUUCCCUAAUGACAUCAAGAGAAAAAGACAUAUCAGGUCACAGGGAGGAGGAGUCUAUAAUAUUACCAUGUAUACAGACUGAAAAGGACCUUUCACCUUUGAGUUCUUGUGAUCCUAAAGAGCUGUCUCAGCCUACACAGGCCCAGGAAAAGGAAUUAGUUGUUUCUACAGGGGCUCAUAAUACAAGCACUUUCCAGCAAGAAGUGAAGGAAAGCGUUAUCCCAACUGCUCAAACAGUAAGGAGCCGAUUUCAGAGACCCAGACCAAACAUAAGAAAGACUGGACAGAGGCAAAUAGAAAAAGGUGAAGCUGAAGGCAUAAUUAAGGAAGAAAGAACGAUAGUACAAAAAGAUGAAAUUAAAAAGUUCUUGACUGUGCCAAAUUCUCCAAUUGGAACUGAAAUUGAAGUUGUAUCCUCCAAAGUUUCAGAGUCACAGUAUGAAAACCAGAGUCACAUGGUUCUUGUAGAACCUCUUCAUCUUAACAAAAUAAAUGUUUUAGAUGAAAAGAUGAGACAUGAACCUAAAAGGUCUGUUCCCAGUGUAGCACAUUUGGUAAGAAGGCAAUUCCAAAAGGCUAAACCAAAUUUGGGAAGAGCACAUGGUAAGAAAGAGGAACCAGGCAUAGAAAAACACAGAGCAGAUCAGAGUGAGGCAAGGAAGCCAGAAGAUAAUUUGCUGCAGCCAGGAGAUUCUGACACUCAUCUCCUUCAAAAAGAAAAGGCUGAGUUUCUGACAUCUUUGGAGGUUUCAGCAAGAAAAGAUUGUGUAGAUUCCACAGAGGCCUCUUUGGCCAAAAACAAUGCUCCUUCAGAAGUUGGACCAUCAGGAAGCGGAGAAAAAACUGUAGGGGAUAAAUCUGUGUCUUCGGUUGCUGAAGAGCAGUGUCUUCGUAAACUAUCAAGCUCUCCACAGCUGUUAAAAGAAUCAAAUUACUCUAAAAUUGGUCUGGAUCGAAGAGCAACUGUCUCUUCUGCUUCUGAGUGUGAGGUAGAUCAUAGUGGAAGGAGAAUGCAUCGCAAGAUGAAACCAAGUGUCACCAGAGGGCGUGGAUCAAAACGAGUUCGAAGUAAGACCUUUAAGAAGGAACCUCGAGCUUCCAAGGCCACGCUGGUGACUCUUCGGGCUUCGCAGGAAGAAGAUGAAGAUGAUGAUGAAGAUUUUGAGCCUGAUUAUGAAGACGAAAGUUACCAUCUUGCUCCAGAAGAAGUAAACAAAGCUCCAGUGUUUGUUCCCAUUGGUCUCAGGUCUCCCGAACCUGUUUCUGCUCAGAUCGAGGAAACGAUGGAAGAGCUUGAAAUAACUGUGAAUGUACCAGAUAUAGGCAUAGCUGUUGUUGAACAUCCACUCUCAAACACAGAUGUGACUACUCAGGAGAUGAAACAAGAAGAAAAUUUGAAGGCAUUAUCUGUUGAAAUCAACACAGGUGAACAUACCCAAGAUGAAACAGGUACCAAUGAUGGAAGCACUGAAGCUGCUAUAACUUUACUUACAAUGGGAGAUCUAGUGUUGCAAUCAGAGAUCGGUACAGAACAGAGUGAUGGAGUAUGUGUACUUCUUGAUGUUCAUUCAAAGGAUAAAAGCUGUGUUCCUUUUAGCCCAGAUAAUGUAAAUCACAAAAUUGUUCGUGAAUGUCAGGAGCUUUCUUCACCUGUCAAUAGUACAUCUCCUUCUUCAUUAGAAGAAAACAAGAUUGUAUUGGAAGAGCAAAGUACUAAAGAAGAAAUUGGUUUAGUGGAGAAAGUAAAGGAAAACGCUGUAUCAACCAGGAAUACAACUUCUGAAGUGACUGGUAAUUUGAGAAUGAGAAGUAGAUUUGCCAAGCCUAAACCAAAUCUUGAGACUUCAGGGACCAACAGGUUUGGUGUUCAUCAGGAAGUUCCCAGUGUGUUUGUAAACAAAGGAGAAGUAGUAGAAAGUCAAAGAGAAACUGAGAAAAAUGCUUCUGAAGCAACGGAAUUACAAGAUGAAAACCUUGGAUCACUUACAACAGCAGAGAAUAAGGAGCAGAGCAAAUUGGCUUGUGAACAUGGUAUUGAAGAGACUAUUUCUCAAGAAGCAAAUCUAACUGAAAGAAACGAUGAUCAAGAAGAAGAAUCUCAAAAGGUUCAGAUAUCGUCAGUUGCUCCAGUUGUUUCCUUUGAGACAAGGCCCCAUACACUUGGUUCAGAUCUGGUUCUCAGUGAGAGUUCCAUCAAAGAGCCCCAGAGAAAGGACUCUAAUGGAGACAGUGUGCUUGCACUUCAUGUGUCAGAGGGUACACCAACUAGUAUGCUGGAAGUCCAACAAGAGAAUGUAAUCAGUUCUCAAGACUUAGCAGUGAAUCUAGUUGCUAAUGUACAUCAAGAUGGUGAGGAUGAACAAGCAUUCAUUUUAACUCUGGUGGAAAUCCCAACCAAUGCUGUAGAAGAAUUUAGUGAUACCACUGCACAGUUAAUGCCAAACCCUUUACUGCCAGCACCCAUAUUGAUCAAAUCCGUGAAUACAGAAGAAAGGAGUGACAUGAGUUUUCCAGUAACUUCAGUUGGUCAGGAUACCAUGUAUUUAUCUGAUUCCGGAAAAGAUGGUUCUGAAAAGCCUCCUCCUGCUAAUUUGGAUCUUAUAUCUAGGAAGAGAUUUCACUGUAUGCUUGGUGAAAGUAACCAUGUUCCUCCUGCCAAAAAAAGUUUGCUCACUUCAGGAGAUGAUUGUCAAAAUCAUACCUCUGAGGUGUGUUCAAAGGAAAUGAUAAAUGUGUCUGAGGAAACAGGGGAGUCUUACAAGGAACAAGGUAUCUUCCCUACCUCAGGAAGCACACAUACAACUCCAGAACCUCAGAAAGAGCAACUUGAACCAACUUUUCAGAGUAUAGGAUCUGGAUCUCCUGAUAAAGUAACAGAUACACAUAUAGAAAAAAGUACAUCUCAGUUACCUCAGGAUGAGAGGAGUGUGUCUGAUAAGGAGGAGAGAACUUGUGCUGCUUCGAAGUCUGAACAAAUGGAUAGCAUCCCAUCAUCUUCAAAAACCCCAUUAUCCAGACCUGGCAGAAGACCCCUGGGAUUUUUGUCUUUAAUAUGUUCAAAGAAUAGUUUGGAGUCUGAUGAACCUACUCAGGUUUAUAAUAAGAAACGUCUAAAACCUCUUAUACCUAUACCAAGAAAGAAUUUGAAAAGAUCAAAUCCACUCACUGAAAGCCAGAAAAAAAUCCAAGAGUCCUCUGAUCAGCUUCCAUCUCCAAGGGUUGUUGAUACUCCUUCUGAGAGUAUUGGCAGUUCAGCAACUCAGGUUUCUUGUGAUCCUCCCUUACCAAAAGAAGAAAGUAAAAGUGGCCAAAACCGGGUACCUGAAGAGGAGCCAACCACAGUCUCUGAAUAUUUCUUUAGUGAUAUCUUUAUCGAAGUAGAUGAAACAGAAUAAAAGUCUUUUUUUUUUAAUUUUUUUUUAAGUCUAGGAUUUCCAGAGUCAAAUAUCAACUAAGCAGUAUUUAGAAAAAAGCAUCACAGGCUAUUUUUCUUUAGAUUGAUUUUGAAUAUCUAAUGAGCUUGAUUUGAAGUUCUUAUAAUCAGUGGAAAACAUUGCUGAGGUUCCUUUCCUUCUGAUUGAUUCAGCAUUUUGGAAAAUACGAAGCAAUU